AUCAGAAAUUUUCACAGCAGAUCUUUUUCAGAGCUGAUCUGAUUGGUCAAAUUACCAAUUAGUGGGAAAAAUAUCAGAAUUGGGCUGCCUGUCUAAACGAAGCCAAAGACACCUCACCUAUGCGAUAUUGGGAGGGAUGGGAUUUUGAAAGCAAUUUGCUCCAGCCUCCCCUCUGUUUUCACUCUAAUUCUACAGCCUGCACUAGGAGGGUUGAUACUGGCGGCUUGAGUGUUAACUCGCCCAUGUAAAGCGACCACCGGAGCUCACCGCUGCAAUAACUAAACCUGUCUUGGCAGUAAGAGGAUUGGCUGACGCUCGGUUGCAGAGCGUGAACGGCUGUUGAGGAAGCGUCUCUCUAUCAAAGACGAGCAUGUGAGCAAGUAGCCUACAGCUUUUGAUAGUAUCGUUUAAUGGCACCUUACGGUAUUGAAUUGGGAUCAUACUAAUUCAUCUCCUAGUAGGUGUCCAUUAGGCUAUCAAUUUAGUCACUGCGCGCAAGUGGUUGGUUUCGGUUAUGCUCAAUGGAGAGCAAACUGAUUCUUCACUCUUUCGGUAAAAGCAGUCACGGUAUGGCUUUUUUUCUUAUUCACCUGCUUCUGCAAAUGGGAUUCGUUUUCGGAUCUAAUUAUGGGUAUGUGGAAUGGUCGGAUAACGAUAAAGACGCUGAAAUACGAUCGAAGAACCCCACUAUGUACAGCACUCAAAAUAUCAACAAGGAAUCGAUGCACCAUCCAACUUAUUACCCAGGACCCUUCACGGAGCGCACCAUUGUGGCGCACAAAAUCGAAGAGGACCUGCCUAGGGUGGUAACAGCUUUCCUGCACACGGGAGACUCGUCGGCUCUUGAACAAGUCAACUGUUCUAGGAGGUAUGAGUUGAGUAGCCUCCGCGGUGGAACCAAUGUGGCCUCAUACUAUUUUCUCCAUAGCGUGCUGGACACCAUGGCGCACGCAACCAACUUUCUGAACAUGAUUUUACAAGCCAACAGGUCAAGAGAGCACAGCCUUCGGAGGGAUAUUCAUUGGUACCACGCACUGGUUCGGAGUAUUCUCGAGGGGGACCCCAAAAUUCACAGGGCAGUGGUUACAUUCCAUACUGAUGCUCCGACGCCGGGUCCCCAUCUUUUCCUUCAAGCGACAAGAACUGAAGGGGAAGUGGUUCUCCAGGACCUUUCCAACUCCGCUCACCACCAUCUCAAGAACAGGAGCCCGGAUUCUGAGUGGUUUAACGAGUUCAGGGACCGAAAAAAAACGUACAUGCAGAGAAGGGCGUCGAGCCGAGACCCUGUAGCCACUCAAAAUGGCUACAUUCUCGACAAAAGUCAAAUCAAGUGGUCUGCGCCUUACCUGGAAUGCGAGCAUGGGAAUUUCGUACCGCACUGGCUACUCACCUUGUCUGCAGGGUUCUAUGGGCUGAAGACAAAUUCCGCGCCCGAGUUCAGGGGUGUGGUUCGAGUGGACGUCAACCUCCAGGAUGUGGACAUUGACCAGUGCUCCAGCAGUGGCUGGUUUGCUGGAACUCACCGCUGUAAUCUGACCAGCAUGGAUUGCAAUCCCAUUGUCGGACAUGGAUUCGUGCUAGACAACUACAAGUGCCAAUGCCGGAGAGGCUUCUACCAUCCUAGCAGAGUGGCACUCAACGGCUUUACAAGUAGGUCUGCUGACCACCACAGGAAAGGAAGACCCAGAGACCCCUCGGAGGGGUCCAGUAGGUGUCUGCCGUGCCGUGAGGGCUGCCCCUACUGCCGGGAUGACACGCCCUGCCUGGCUCAGGAUGACGGAGCCCUCCGGCUUUCCGUAGCCUCCUUCCAGGGCCUCUGUAUGCUGCUGGACUUAGUGGCCAUGGUGCUGGUCUACCACUUCCGCAGGAACAAGGUAAGGCGUCUCGGUCUCGUCCUCCUGGAGGCCAUUUUUGGAGCCUUGCUUCUCUACUUUCCCGUGAUGAUACUGUACUUCAGCCCCAGCGUGUUGCGCUGUAUCCUCCUGAGAUGGGUGCGUCUCCUGGGCUUUGCCACAGCCUACGGAACAGUGAUCCUGAAGCUUUACAGGGUGCUGAAGGUGUUCCUGUCCCGUACGGCACAGCGGACGCCCUACAUCACCAGCUGGCGGGUGCUGCGUCUGCUAGGGGUCAUCCUGCUGGUGGUGCUGUGGUUCCUGGUGGCCUGGACCUCGGCCGUGUGUCAGACACCUGACCGGACGUCGGCCCUCAUCGAUGUGGGCCUCACCCCCGACGGGCUGCAGUUCAGCAUGUGCCUGCUGGACCGCUGGGACUACAUGAUGGCAAUUGCCGAGUUCCUGUUUCUUCUGUGGGGAGUGUACCUCUGCUAUGCUGUCCGGACUGUACCGUCAGCCUUCCAUGAACCACGCUACAUGACUGUUGCCAUGUACAAUGAACUCCUCAUAUCGUCAGUAUUCCACACCAUUAGGUUCACUCUGGCUCCUCAGUGGCAUCCUGACUGGAUGCUCAUGCUGGUCUUCACUCACACACACCUCACCGUGACUGUGACUUUGGGGCUGCUGUUUGUACCAAAGUGUCUGUCAACAGGGACUCAGGCGAGUGAUGACAUUGCCACUGAAACUUAUGAAGAGGAGCUGGACAUGGGCCGGUCCGGGUCCUACCUCAACAGCAGCAUCACCUCAGCCUGGAGCGAACACAGCCUGGACCCCGAGGACAUACGGGACGAGCUCAAGAAGCUUUACGCCCAACUGGAAGUCUACAAGCGCAAGAAGAUGCUGGCCAACAACCCACACCUGCAGAAGAAGCGCAGCUCCAAGAAGGGCCUGGGCCGCUCUCUCAUGAGGCGCCUCACUGAGAUCCCGGAGACCUUGCACCGACAUGGCAGCUAUGGCAGCCGUGAGGAACGUGAAGGUAGCGAGCACGGGAGCAACCGCAGCACCCUUCGACGGAAUCCCUUCGACUCAUCUCAUUCAGGUCACAAGUCCAGGGAAGACUCUUUGAAGAACAAAGUUCUGGGCCUGAAUAAGUCACACAGCUACGACCACGUUUGUGACCAAGCUAAGGAAACUGCAGACGGAGAGGGCUCGGGUGGGGACAAAAUGGCCACCAGCGAUGGUUCCUUGCUGGGAUCUCUCAUUAGGAGGCAGGUUAAGAAGUCACCGGAGCCUGCCCCAAAGGUGGAACCGGCCGAGUCAGUGCCCUUGGUCUGCAAGUCGGCCAGCGCGCACAACUUCACAGCGGACAAAAAGCCCAUUCAGCUGAGGACGUCCAUCAUGCAGAAGUCACUGAGUGUCAUCACCAGUGCCAAAGAGAAGAUGCCCGGGCUCACCAGCAAGACCCAUAGCGCAGAGGAUGCCAGCAAGAAGGGACUCAAGGGUCACGAUGGGAGGAUACUGUCUGAGGUGGACGAAAUGGAGUGUUAUCCUAAGAUGAUCAUCAGCCAGUCGGUAGAGUACUCCAGGACACCCAUGGCCAAGAUGGGCAUCAUGAAGCAGCAGGUGAGCGGCAGCCAGCCGUCCAUCAAUACAGAGCCGGGGAGAAACCUGUAUGACCUCUCCGAGGUGUGCUCUUGGGAUGUGGAGGACCCUCCAACCCCGUCGGAAGGAAGGUCCCAGAAGCAUGUGUCCAUUGCUCCGGGAGAGACCACCACGGUCCACAGGGGUGAUGGUGGUGGUGGCACGGGUAGCACCAAGGGCAGUCGCUCCCAACAGAAGCAGCAGAGAGCCGCGGGGCAAUCGCCUGCAGGCCGACAGCGUUCCAAAGACAAGGGGGGUGAACGAGACGAGGCCAGAGAAACAAGGAAGCCCAGGUCUCCCAGAUCUCCGCUCUUGCUCAAACCGGAGGUGUGCCCCUGGGCCUUUGAGGUGCAGCCGGUGUUGGGAGGCAAUUCAGACUCCAUCUCCCCAGAGAGGAUCAGACGUAAGAGGAGCGUCACACCCACUGAUGGGAAGCCCAAGAUCCUCCACUCAGACUACUCCAAAUCCACAGGGAGUCUGCUGCAGCCGCCCACCCUGAUGGUGGACAUCUGUCCCUGGGACUACAAUGAAGCCCCAGCCCCUCCUUCCCCCAGCCAGGAGAAGACCUGCUCCAGUCCCACGGCUCACUCCAAGCGGAAACGAAAAGGUUCGUGCUCCUCCAAAGAAAGGGGAGAGAGGGGUGAGAGAGAGAAAGGAGGGAGGGACAAGGAGGAAGAGAAGCAGCACAGGUCAAAGAGCAAGGAGAGCUCCUCCAGCAGGCCCUCGGAAAGACCACGUGUCAGCCAAUCAUCAGAGGGUGGUCCGGUCACCGUGCCAACAUCCGGGAGACGGAGAAGCUCGACAAGAGACCCGGAGGCGUCGGAGAACAAGAGGGUGGAGGCGUGCCCGUGGGAGGUAGAGGACGCACAUGCCAGCGUAGCACAGACAAAGCCUUCUCCAGCGAAAGAAAACUCUUUGAGUUCUGAUUACAAACAACCCGUAAGCACUGCUAAAAGGGUUGACGUUUGCCCCUGGGAUUUUGAAGACAAUGGGUCAGAGAAAAGUGCAUGAUAAUCGAAAUGAUAGAC